CCGCCGCCCGUUGGUUCUCGAGGUUCAUGGCUGAUUGUGUGUUCUGUUGCUACAAGCAGACACGUUAGAUUUAUUCUUGGGAACAACGAGGAGAUAAAAUACCUACACAACCAACAAGCCCGACUGCCUAACCAUGAUUGAGCCGAAGAAGAGGGGAGCUGCAGAGAUGGCCCUGGUACCCGCUGGCGUGAAGAGGCCGAGGACGGAACUUGUGGCGGCGGCGCAGUCGCAGCAGCUCGUGUCGAUGGGCCCUCCCCGGAGCUCCAGCCUCCAGGCUCCCAUCAUGCUCCUCUCAGGCCACGAGGGCGAGGUCUACUGCUGCAAGUUUCACCCCAGCGGCUCGGCCUUGGCGUCCGCCGGCUACGACAGGCUCAUCCUACUGUGGAGCGUAUAUGGCGACUGUGACAACUAUGCCACGCUGAAGGGACACAGCGGAGCCGUGAUGGAGCUUCACUACAACACAGAUGGAAGCCUUCUCUUCUCUGCCUCCACGGACAAGACUGUGGCGGUGUGGGACAGCGAGACCGGCGAGCGAAUCAAAAGGUUGAAAGGCCACACCUCCUUCGUCAACUCGUGCUACCCCGCACGGCGAGGACCUCAGGUGGUCUGCACAGGCAGCGAUGACGGCACUGUGAAGCUGUGGGAUAUAAGGAAGAAGGCGUCUGUCCACACCUUUCAGAACACCUACCAGGUGCUCGCUGUCACUUUCAACGACACCAGUGAUCAGAUCAUCUCCGGGGGCAUCGACAAUGACAUCAAGGUGUGGGACCUGCGACAGAACAAGCUGAUCUACACGAUGCACGGUCACGGGGACUCGCUGACAGGGCUCAGCCUCAGCUCAGAGGGCUCCUACCUGCUCUCCAACUCCAUGGACAACACAGUUCGGAUUUGGGAUGUCCGUCCCUUUGCUCCCAAGGAGAGGUGUGUGAAGAUCUUCCAGGGGAAUAUCCACAAUUUCGAAAAGAACCUCCUGAGAUGCUCAUGGUCAACAGAUGGGAGUAAGAUAGCAGCAGGCUCUGCUGACAGGUUUGUGUACGUGUGGGACACGACCUCUAGAAGAAUCCUGUACAAGCUGCCAGGACAUGCCGGCUCUGUCAAUGAGGUGGCCUUCCAUCCUGAGGAACCCAUUGUUCUGUCCUGCUCCAGUGACAAGCGCCUCUACAUGGGUGAGAUCCAAUAAAGGGAGCACACCAUCACGACCAGAACCAGCAAGUCCGGCGCCAAUAAA